AAAAAUCACACGAGCGCUCAGGGCGGCGUCGUUUUGGGGUUCUUUAUUUAAGUUCCUGCUGCCCUUUCGGCCUGGGUGCUGUAGACUACUACCACUGGUGUUUUACGGAGUCAAAUGGGAAAACAGAAUGAAUACUACAUUAUUCCACUAUAAGCAAGCGACAUAUGCGACCGUGACCCAUCUCUGCCUGAUCGGCACUGCGACGGCUAGGCACAACGCACAUCACCGAGGCUCCGCUGUCAGGCCCCAACAAUCACAUGGGGCCCGAGUUGAGUUUCAACAAAGCCCACGCGAGCAUCGAUCACAUGCGCCGGGCAGCAACUCAACCGAUCACGAAGGGCCAGACCGGGAACAGAGAGCCCCAGGAGAGAGAAAAAAAAAACACUCUAGGUUCGCGCCGAGGAGCGCUACCGCACGCACUCGACAGCCACAGACGUCCGGCGGCGCGGGCCUGGGCAUGACGACAAGCCAAGCCUCCGCAGCAGCGCGGGGAUGGGGAGUGCCGCGGACCGGGCGCUGGCUGGCGUCAGCGUCGUCGUCGGCAAAGCGACGUUUGUCCGUUCCGUUGGACGACGGAGAAGCUGCGGGGGAGGAGAAACGAGGAGGAUGGAGAAGCUUACCCGUACAUACGCAGGUCAGCACGGCGGGUACGGGUACGUUCGGGGGUAAAGGAGCAGCGCCUGCGCACGGGUGGUGGAGAAGAAGAAGAAGAAGGAGUUGGUACCUAACGGGAGGGACCGGGGGUUGAAGAAAUAUCCAGAGCUACUGCCGUACCCCACAACCCCUACGGCCCAGAUGCAACGUCCGCCAGACUCUGGGGGAAACAGAAUCCGAUGCUAGUUAGCGGGAAGAAAACAUUGGUAUAAUACCGUCACGUAACGGCCUUGCGAAAAUGCGUGCAGUCA